AUGAUGCCCGGCGCAGACAGCCAACCAAUGAAUCCUACUGUGGAAGAUGUGCAAGAUGAAUCUGAAAUCAAGACCUAUCCCCGUCCUACGCCCGAUAGAUCGCAUUCAUGGCACGAGAUUUUGUCGCGACAUGAAUCCGUUCUCUCUGCGCAUAUGGAAAUGCUCGAAUUUGCUCAAAGGGAUGUCUGCGCGGAUGGUGACGCGUUGCGGAUAGUCGCGUCGAUGGUUGAGAGGACAGAGGAGCUGAUGGGGCAGUUUAAAACGAUUACCUCACAGUUUGUACAUGGUAAGCUUUGUGCAAUUGCUCUUUCUAGAACGCGAACGCGCUGA